AUGUCCACCUCGACGUUGACCGACGUUGAUGGUGUUGACUCCCAAUCACCUAUGUCUUCGCUCGAUGAUCCCAUGCACCAAGUAAUACCGCACCUCUGGUUGGGUGACUACCUCGCUGCCAACUCUCCCGACUUGUUACGUCAACACGGCAUAACUCAUGUCAUCUCCGCCAUCCGAUGGAAACCCCAAGUUGUACAGGGAGUCCGUUACAUGUAUGUUGAGGUAGAUGACACGCCCGAAGCCGACCUCCUCGCUCACCUUCCCGCAUGCGUCAGCUUCAUAUCCGACGCCCUGUCCUCUUCUUCCUCUGUUCUCGUUCAUUGCCAAGCUGGUGUAUCCCGCAGCGCCACCAUCGUUGUUGCCUACCUCAUGUCCACUCUCUCCCUCUCCACAGAGGCCGCGCUCGAGCUUGUCCGUGCCGCCCGUCCGCAGGCAUGCCCAAGUGAAGCCUUUCUCAAGCAGCUUGGAUUAUGGAAGGAGGGAGGAUAUAAAGUGAGCAGGCGUGACAAAGCGACGAGAAGAUGGUAUAUGGGCAGAACCGCCCAGGAAGUCAUGAAUGGAGACGGUUCCCCUGUCCCACUGACGAUGCUCGCAUCCUGGCCGAUGACACCUACAGCAAGUGCACCCACCACGCCCCUCUCCCUCCCAAAACGACGCAUCCGGUGCAGAAAGUGCCGGCGCGAGCUGGCUACGCGCGAACAUAUGCUGGACCAUAACGUCGGUCCCGGUACCCAGCCUUCAACGCCUGGUGUAGGUGGCGAGGGGGACCCGAUGGAGACGAGGACGAGUCUGAGCAGGCCAGGCAGCAAGCCGCCGAGUCGAAAUGGGAGCAGGCGGAGCUCAAGCGCGCAGGCAGAACGACCUAUUCUGAGCCCGCUGAGUAUGUCCACGACCUCCCUGGACAGCCUCGCCCCUUCCGUCACUUCCGCCGGUCCUGGUAUGCCAAGAAGACGCUCUUCCGCCUCUUCCCCUCUGGUCCAAGAACUCCCAGUGCCUACCGAUGUCAUCGCUGGUGUACCUCCGCUCAGCACGCCUACCAUACCAGAAGACUCAGUCGCUCCGCCUACUAGCUCUGUGGGCGCAAGACCUGCCGUGAGUAAACCAAGCUUGAGGCGGAGCUUUGGCACCACGCCGGUCCCGGGUUUGACUGGCCUCGGAGGAGGGCUAGCGAUGACGUCGCUUCCCUCUACAAACGGAGCGAGCGCGACAGGAAAGCAGGACUAUGCGGACUCGGCGGUGAGCGAGGAUGAUGACGACCCCUUGCCUCACUUGCCGACGACGAGCCACGCGACUUCUGCUCUACCAUCCGGUGGCCUGCUCGCUGGCUCCGCACUCAACGCCUCCCUCCCACCAGCACUUGCAGCUCUCCGCUCAACAUCCAUAGGCACUCCGGCAUCCCUUGCCUCCACUUCGGGAUUGGUCGGAGUGCUUCCACAGAUCAGGAAGAGGAGCUUCAAUCUACAAAUGUCGAGGAUCGACCCGUCUCCCGAGGAGCCACAGGGUGCCGCGGGUGCUGGGAUAACGGCGCCAGGGGCCAGGGUGGCCGAUAGGAAGGAAAGCUAUUUCUCACCGCCUAUUCUCGCUAACUCGAAUUGUUCGGGAUAUUUUCUAGAGCCGAUGAAGUGGAUGGAUUUUUUGGAGGAAGGCGAGAUGGGUGGUGCAAUCUAUUGCCCUAACAAGAAAUGUAACGCCAAGCUUGGAAACUACGAUUGGGCGGGAGUGAAGUGUGGUUGCAAGGAGUGGAUUGUCCCUGGAUUUUGUAUACAUAAGAGCAAGGUGGACGAGGAUCUUUGA